AGUAAUACAAAUUACAGGUUUCUACUAAAUGCAAACCAAAAUACGCACUUUCCUACUUUUUUAACCUCAUCCUUUCUCUCUCUUGGUUCCAAAUUGACAAAGUCACCUGAAAUCGAGAAAUUUUCCCAAAUUGAACGAAACCUAGUAUAAUCUGGUCUAGAAACACAAAACCUAAUUGAUCAAAUAGCAAAUUUAAUCAAGAUUUUAUAAUCAUGACGGAUACCUCAACGUCUUCGCCCAAAACAAUUCAAUCGCAAAAUCUAAUGGACUCACAACAAGCUCCUUCAAUGUCUAUGGCAUCUCCGUCAAAUCCUCAUAAUUCUCCUUCUAUUGAUAUACCCAGAAUUUCAUCUCCGUCCAUUCCUCAAAUCUCUCAACCUCAACAGCAACAACCUCAACAACAACAGCAGGUUAAUUCUAGUAUUAAUGCUAGUUUGCAGCAACAACAAAUUAUGCAACAACAACAGUUUCAACAACAGCAGCAAAAUAUGAUGGGUAUGAGUGUAGGAGUGGGAAUGGGUAUGAAUGUUUCGGGAAUUCCCAAUAAUUUUCAGUCUCAACAAGGUGUAAAUCGAUCUGCAUCAUUAUCGAGGAUGAAUCAGAUUCAAUUGCAACAACAGCAACAGCAACAACAACAACAACAACAGCAGCAACAACAGCAAAUGGCUAACCCACAGCAGCAGCAACAACAGUAUGGGAUGUUAAGACAACAAGCUGCCUUAUAUGGAAAUAUGAAUUUUGGUGCGUCUGUAUUAAACCAACAAUUUAGACAGCAGCAGCAGCAGCAGCAACAGCAGCAACAACAACAGCCAUUACAGCAACAGCAACCGCAACCAUUACAGCAACAACAGCCACAACAAUCGCAACAAUUGCAGCAACAACAGCAGCAGCAGGCACAACAACAAUUGCAGCAACCUCAGCAGCUGCAACAACAAUUGGGUAGUGCAAAUUUAUCACGAUCGACGAUGAUGGGACAAAGUGCGUCUUUGCCUGGAAUGUCUGGCCAAGCAGCAGCAGCUGCUGCUCAAUUUAAUAUCCAGCCACAAUUGCUUUCUUCGCCAAGGCAAAGGGCAAGUAUCCUCCAAGGGACACAAUUUCCAUCAGGGCAAUCAAUGAAUUUGCAAGCAUUGCAGAUGAUGGGUUAUAGUUCGAUUAGAUCAAAUGGUCCUCUCAGUUAUACACAACGGGUAACUGCAGCUCAUUUGAGGCAUCAGUUAGCACAACAGGGUUCACUUCCGUCACCUCAGAAAAUUCAGGGUCAGAGUCUGUCACGGGCGUCAUCAUUGGCAUUUAUGAACUCUCAGUUGUCUGGCUUAUCUCAAAAUGGACAGCCAUCUAUCCAGAACACUUUGUCCCAGCAACAAUGGUUAAAGCAAAUACCUGCUGUCUCUGGCCCUGGCUCACCAUCAUUACGUCAGUCUCAAAACCAAAGGCAGGGUAUCCAACCACAGAUAAGUCAAUCUCCUCAGUUGUCACAAAACACGUCCUUGAAUCCCCAACAAUUGUCCCAAUUGGUCCAACAACAACCAUCAUUGGGGCAUCCUCAGGUGCAGCAACAACCAUCUCAUCAAAUGCGGCAGCUGCAACAAUCACCAUCUGUACAGCAACAGCAGCAACAACAACAACAGCAUCAGCCACAAGUCAUGCAGCAACUGCCGUCAAUGAAUCAGCUUCAGCAGCAGCUGUCUCCAAGGACUCAGGGACCAGCAGGCCAAAAGACAAUAAGCUUAACAGGAUCACAGCCGGAUGCUACUGUGUCUGGGGCAACUACUCCAGGGGGAAGUUCUAGUCAAGGAACAGAAGCAACAAAUCAACUGCUAGGAAAGAGGAAAAUACAAGAUUUGGUUUCCCAGAUGGAUGUUCAUGGAAAGUUUGAACCUGAAGUUGAAGAUCUUUUGCUAGAAAUUGCCGAUGACUUCAUUGAUACUGUUACUACAUUUGCAUGUAAUUUGGCAAAACAUCGAAAAUCAUCAACAUUAGAAUCCAAGGAUGUGUUGCUACACUUAGAAAAAAAUUGGCACCUGACACUUCCAGGGUACUCGAGUGAAGAUCGGAAAAGCAACUUCGACAAUCCUUCAAGUGAAGUUCAUAGAAAGCGACUUGAUAUGAUACAUGCUCUGAUGGAGUCAUCACACUCAGACUUUGCCUCCCCUAGUUCAGAGCAACUUGUUGCACAGUCAACUUCACUUAUGCCUCAGCAUAUGACAAGGUUUUGAUAGCACUCCCUCUGCCGUUUCAGCUUCAAAUGGGUGUAUGUUUUUUGGUUGGAAAAAUUGUGAGGUGACUGCUCUGUGCAGCUUGGCAAUUCUCAGUCAAUGGAAAACAGUAGGAUUUGCCGUAUAGGAUACUGACUAACUGAUCGUUGUUUCGAGACAUGCAAGGAGUUAUUAUAUAUGAUUAGCCUGUGCAUAGUAUUGUGCUAGAUGCACAAGAUGAUGAUGUGCUGAAUAUUGUUUCAAACAUUUGUUCUUUUAUUUGAGCUUUCGUAUUAUACUUAGUUAAAUACAGUUCUGUUUUUCAUUUGGGAGUGAAGGUUGAAUUUUAUGAACUGUAUAAUAUCAUUUUUUUCCUCCAUUAUACGCCAUUUUGAUAGUGAUUUGGUAGUUUUAUCUAGCUUUAGUUUGUAUACUUUUGUUCAUAUUUAUAACUUGGAAUUUGGAACCUUUAUGUGGUUCUCUUUUAA